AUGGCUUCCCGCACUGUCGCAGCGGUGCUGCUGGUCGCCCUCCUGGGGGCCGCCGUUGCUCCCUUUGCCCUGGCCGCGCCCCCCCAGACCAUCAUCAGGGUCCGCGGAGUUGGGCCCACUUUCAAGCAAGGCGACUACCCCAACGCGGUCGGCACUGCCAAGAUCUUCAGCUACACCGCCUAUGACUUCUAUGACAAGAGCGUCGUCUACGGCCAGGUGACUGGCAAGUGCGAUGUGGUCAACGCCUUCUCCGGAGGCUCUGUGGAGAACUGCCAGUACUCCUUCGACUUUGACGCAGGCAAGACCCGGACUUCCUUCUACUUUUUUCUGAACUGCAUUUUGGUUGCAGGGAAGCUAGGAUCAGUAUCUGGCCAGAUCAUGGUCAUCGGCAACGUGCACACCGACUACCGCCCCGAGAGCUUCCUGGCCCUAGUGGGAGGAACCCGCAGCUACCGCGAGGUCACCGGGCAGAUGCAGCGCCGCGUCAUUGCCGCCGACAAGCGUAUCUUCCCCAACGAGGACUCUGAGAACGAGUACAUCCUGGCACUCAGCGCUUAA